AUGAACAGCGCAGUCGUGAUCUUCCUCGACAGCGUGGAGAAGGUGAGCACGGUGGCGGCGAAAGGCAUUGUGGUGAAGGGCACGGUGGUGCCGGUGCUGCCGCUGGUAACGCCGGCGUCCAUUCGGCUCCACAUGGCCAAUAAGGCCGUGAAGAGUUUUACUGAUCGGGAGGGCUGGAGGUUGAGGAAGAUCGUUGUUACUGUCGGUAAAGCGAUUAAGGAGUUUGAGGCAGAGUUGAAAUACAAGGGCCGACGUCCAGAGGACCGUGUUUCCGUUACCGGCCGGCUACUAGAGUUCAUCACCGACGAGUUCCUCAGCAAAGAGCUCUCCAGACACGGGAAGGUGGUUUCCCCGAUCAGGAAGAUCUUGUCUGGGUGUAAAGAUCAGUUGCUGAAGCACGUAGUGUCCCACCGCAGAUACUUGUAUAUGAUACUUGUCAACCGGAACGAGGACCUCAACCUCCGCUUCAGGGUGAAGGUAGAUGAUUUUGACUACGAGAAUUAUGCGACAUCGUCGGUGAUUAAGUGCUUUAGUUGCGGUGAGGAGGGGCACACCGCGAGAGCCUGUCCGAAGCGCGGUGACCCGGCUCCACCUGGCCCGUGUGUCUCCGGUCGGGGGUGCGGUGGCUCCGACUGGCGGCGUGGCGUGGAGAAGGUGAGCACGGUGGCGGCUAAAGGCAUCGUGGUGAAGGGCACGGUGGUGCCGGUUCUGCUGCUGGUAAUACCGGCGGUCAGAGUCCCGGUGGACAACGUGCCUCCUUUUAUUAGGCACGAGGUUUUACUCGGAGAGCUGGUGAGACACGGGAGGGUGGUUUCGCAGGUGAGGAAGGUCUCCUUGGGAAACGGGAAGCGUUUCAGGUGUGGACGAGAGGGGCAUCAGGCCAGGGACUGCCCAAGCAAGAGGUCAGCUGAGCGGGACGCUUCUAGUGAAGCGGCUGCUGAGGGACAGAACCAGAAGGGUCCUGAGGGGGUCGGAGGGGACCGUCAGGAAGGGCAGGGAGAGACGGAUGGUGCCCAGCAGGCACCUCCGUCUCGUCCUCGUAGCAGGGAAACCACCGCCGACACGCCUCCCAGUUCAGGACCGGCCACCUCCGUCAGUACGGUGCUCUGGACGUCGGCCCUUGCAUUUCAACUCUGCCUCAAACUCCUUAAUCGCUCUACCGACAGUAACAGCGAUCUUCCUCAACCUCCAGCCCUCCCGAUCAGUAAAACUCUUCACGGCCUUAUUGGCCAUGUGGAGCCGAAUGGACUUAACAAGUCUCGCUCUCCGAGCAACACCUCGUCCCUAAUGAACGGGGGCACGUUGUCCACCGUGACUCUCACCGCCGGCGUUAGCAGCGGCAGCACCGUGCCCUUCACCACGAUGCCUCUCGCCGCCACCGUGCUCACCUUCUCCACGCUUGACUCGCCAUACGUCAAGUCGGACCUGCUACUCUUACUGUCUUCCUUUGCGCUCUCUCUCAGUCCUUCCCCUCCUACUCACAAAGCUGGCAACCACCUUGACUAUAUUUUCACCAGAAACUGCUCUACAGCUAACCUCACUGUAACUCCACUUCAUGUUUCUGACCAUUUCUUCAUAUCUUACACUCUCCCUCUCUUUGGAACUAACAACCCUCCCACAACGGAUUCUGCACCUGUCCGUCGCAACAUCCGCACCCUCUCACCCUCCUCUCUGGCCUCCUCUGUUCUGUCAGCCCUCCCUUCAACCGAUUCCUUCGCACUUAUGCAGCCUAACUUCGCCACUGACACUCUUCUCUCUACGCUGUCGUCCUCUCUUGAUUCUCUCUGUCCUCUUACGACUCGAAAGGUCCGCAAGUCCUCUCUGGCUCCGUGGCUAUCCGAACCGGUGCGCGCCGAGAGAGCCACUAUGCGAGCAGCGGAAAGGAAAUGGCGAAAAUCCAAACACGCCAGCGACCUGCUUGCCUAUCAAUCUCUUCUCUCCUCCUUCUCUGCGUCCAUCUCUGCAGCCAAAAGUCUGUUCUAUCAAUCCAGAAUCGAAUCCUCUUUAUCUAACCCUAAAAAGCUCUUCUCAAUUUUUUCCAACCUCCUUGACCCCCCUGGUCCCCCCCCUCCCUCCACCCUUCUACCAAGCCACUUUGUUGACUACUUUACAAAAAAGAUAGACGACAUACGCUCUUCAUUUACUAAUCCAUCUUCCAUAACUACACCUCCAGUAACUUCACCUUCUUCCCCCUUGUUUUCCUCUUUUAUCCCCCUGUCUCCUAAUCAAGUUCUUACCUUGGUAACCUCUGCCCGCCCAACCACCUGCCCCCUUGACCCCAUCCCUUCUCACAUUCUCCAGUCCAUUGCUCCGGACCAUCUUCCCCUUCUCACCCAUCUUAUUAACACCUCCCUCUCAACCGGCUAUUUCCCUAACUCUCUGAAGGAGGCAAGAGUCAACCCUCUCCUGAAGAAACCCACUCUCGACCCAUCUGAAGUCAAUAACUACAGACCUGUCUCUCUCCUCCCCUUCCUUUCCAAAACUCUAGAGCGAGCUAUCUUUAACCAAGUCUCCUCCUUUUUUCACUGCAACAACCUUCUAGACCCCCACCAGUCUGGAUUCAAGGCAGGCCACUCAACAGAGACUGCCCUCCUUGCUGUCUCUGAGCAGCUUCACACUGCUAGAGCAGCCUUUCUGUCCUCUGUCCUCAUCCUUCUAGACCUUUCCGCUGCCUUUGACACAGUGAACCACCAGAUCCUCCUGUCCUCCCUCCAGGACCUGGGUAUCUCAGGCACCGCGCUCUCACUCUUCUCAUCCUACCUCACCGACCGCUCUUACCGGGUAACCUGGAGAGGAUCUGUGUCUGAGCCUUGUCCUCUGACUACUGGGGUCCCUCAGGGUUCAGUCAUUGGUCCUCUUCUCUUCUCUCUGUACACCAACUCUCUUGGCUCUGUCAUUCGCUCGCUGUUGCUGUACAACAUCAGGAGAAUACGACCCCUUCUCACUCAGAAGGCGGCACAGGUUCUGGUCAUCUCACGGCUGGACUAUUGCAACUCCCUCCUGGCAGGUCUACCUGCUAAUGCCAUUCGACCUCUACAGCUCAUCCAGAAUGCAGCUGCUCGACUGGUCUUCAACCUACCGAAAUUUACCCACACUACUCCGCUCCUCCGCGACCUUCACUGGUUACCGGUGGCCACCCGCAUCCGCUUCAAAACAUUGGUACUUGCGUACCGUGCUGCGAACAGAUCGGGUCCGGUCUACAUCCAGGACAUGAUCAAACCGUACACCCCAGCCCGCUCGGCUUCUGCCAAUCUGCUUGUAGCUCCUUCACUUCAAGCUACACUCAACAAAAUCACAGCUGUGCUGGCUCCUCAUUGGUGGAACGAGCUCCCCAUUGACAUCAGGACAGCAGAAAGUCUCUACAUCUUCCGUCGCAAACUAAAAACACAUCUUUUUCGA